UAUGUUGCUAUUAUUCCUGCAAGUUUAAUAAAUGCUUUAUCGAAAUAACUAGAGUAGAAAGAUUUUUUGGGUAUUAUAAAUAUAUCUUAAGGUAUAAGAAAGGGGAUGCUGUAUUUUAGAAGAGGUAUAUUUCUUUGAAUUUUCUAUACAAUUUAUAGAAAUUUAUAAAAUUUUAGUAGUAUAUUUGUACAUAUGGUUUGAAUACAUAAUUUGUGGAUCAUUACAUAUUCAUUUGACAACCUAAGGAUAAGAUAAUAAAUUCAAAGCUAAUAUGGAAUAACUUAAUUUAUUGCAGAGAGAUUUGUUAACAUUUACAAGAACGAUGAAUUUGGCUGAACCUGAAAGAUUUAUUAAGGAUAUUUACAAAGAUAAUUUCAAAAGCUGUAUAAAGUGGAGUUACCUCGAAUGAUAUAUGAAC